UCUGAUUGGCUGCGGUGGGCGCCUCGCCGGCUGGUGGCUAUGCAGGUGGCGCCGGUGGAUGGUUGACCAUUGGCUUUAGGGUUGGGGUCGCCGCGUGUACGAUCGGCUCACACAGGACCAGAGGGCGCGGACUGCUGCAGCUCAACCUGGAACCCACCGGCGAACCCAGGCUCCGCCCGGCCAUGCCCGCCGGGAGCAACGAGCCGGACGGCGUCCUCAGCUAUCAGAGACCGGAUGAGGAAGCUGUGGUGGAUCAGGGUGGUACCAGCACCGUCCUCAACAUCCACUAUGAGAAGGAAGAGUUGGAAGGUCACAGAACUCUGUAUGUGGGGGUCCGGAUGCCACUGGGCAGGCAGAGCCAUCGGCACCACCGCACUCAUGGCCAGAAGCAUCGGAGACGAGGAGGGCGGGGCAAAGGAGCCAGCCAGGGCGAAGAGGGUCUGGAAGCCUCCGCCCAUGACACCCCAUCUCAGCGUGUUCAGUUCAUUCUUGGCACCGAGGAAGAUGAGGAGCACGUGCCUCAUGAGCUGUUCACAGAGCUGGAUGAGAUCUGUCUGAGAGAGGGCGAGGACGCUGAAUGGAAGGAGACAGCCAGGUGGCUGAAGUUUGAAGAGGACGUUGAAGAUGGGGGAGAGCGCUGGAGCAAGCCUUACGUGGCAACUCUUUCUCUGCACAGUCUGUUUGAGCUAAGGAGCUGCCUCAUCAAUGGCACUGUCCUUCUGGACAUGCGCGCAAGCAGCAUAGAAGAAAUUUCAGACCUGAUACUGGACCAGCAAGAACUGUUCAGUGACCUGGAUGACGGUAUGAGGGCUAAAGUGCGGGAAACCCUUCUCAAGAAACACCACCAUCAGAACGAGAGGCGGAGAAACAACCUGAUCCCCAUCGUCCGCUCCUUUGCCGAGGUUGGCAAGAAGCAAUCGGACCCGCAUUCCAUGGAUAAAGAUGGUCAGACUGUUUCUCCUCAGUCUGCCCCAGCGACGAACCUUGAGGUGAAAAAUGGAGUGAAUUGUGAACACAGUCCUGUGGAUCUAAGCAAGGUAGACCUUCAUUUCAUGAAGAAAAUCCCCACUGGGGCAGAGGCCUCCAAUGUCCUGGUUGGAGAGGUGGACGCUCUGGACCGGCCCAUCGUCGCCUUUGUGAGGCUCUCCCCGGCUGUGCUCCUCUCGGGUCUGACGGAAGUGCCCAUCCCAACAAGAUUUUUGUUUAUCUUACUGGGUCCAGUAGGAAAAGGCCAGCAGUACCAUGAGAUUGGCAGAUCCAUGGCCACCAUCAUGACGGACGAGAUUUUUCAUGAUGUGGCAUAUAAGGCAAAGGAACGAGAUGACCUUCUGGCAGGGAUCGAUGAGUUCCUGGACCAAGUAACGGUGCUCCCUCCAGGGGAGUGGGACCCUUCCAUUAGAAUUGAGCCACCCAAAAAUGUCCCUUCCCAGGAAAAACGGAAAAUGCCUGGAGUUCCAAAUGGAAACAUUUGCCACAUAGAACCAGAGCCACACGGGGGACACAGUGGGCCGGAACUUGAACGGACUGGGCGGCUGUUUGGGGGCUUGGUGCUGGACAUCAAACGGAAGGCUCCCUGGUACUGGAGUGACUACCGGGAUGCACUCAGCUUACAGUGUCUGGCCUCCUUUCUGUUCCUGUACUGUGCCUGCAUGUCGCCUGUUAUCACCUUUGGGGGACUGCUUGGAGAAGCCACUGAAGGACGUAUAAGUGCAAUUGAGUCCUUGUUUGGAGCGUCCAUGACGGGGAUCGCCUACUCCUUGUUUGCUGGGCAGCCCCUCACCAUCCUGGGCAGCACCGGCCCAGUGCUCGUGUUUGAGAAGAUCCUGUUCAAGUUCUGCAAGGACUACGCCCUCUCAUACCUCUCCCUGCGAGCCUGCAUCGGGCUGUGGACUGCCUUCCUGUGUAUUGUCCUUGUGGCCACUGAUGCCAGUUCCCUCGUCUGCUACAUCACUCGCUUCACAGAAGAAGCGUUUGCCUCCCUGAUUUGCAUUAUUUUCAUCUAUGAAGCAAUAGAAAAGCUGAUCCACCUGGCAGAGACCUACCCCAUCCACAUGCACAGCCAGCUGGACCACCUUAGCCUCUACUACUGCAGGUGCACACUCCCAGAGAAUCCAAACAACCACACUUUACAGUACUGGAAGGACCACAACAUUGUGACUACAGAAGUGAACUGGGCGAACCUGACUGUCAGUAAAUGCCAGGAGAUGCAUGGAGAGUUCGUGGGACCGGCGUGUGGUCAUCACGGACCCUACACUCCCGAUGUGCUCUUUUGGUCCUGUAUCCUCUUCUUCACCACCUUCAUCCUCUCAAGCACCUUAAAGACAUUUAAGACAAGCCGCUAUUUCCCGACCAGAGUGCGCUCCAUGGUGAGUGACUUUGCCGUCUUCCUCACCAUCUUCACGAUGGUGAUCGUUGACUUUUUGAUUGGAGUCCCAUCACCAAAGCUUCAGGUCCCCAGUGUGUUCAAGCCAACACGGGAUGAUCGAGGAUGGUUUAUCAGCCCCCUUGGCCCCAACCCCUGGUGGACUGUGCUAGCGGCAAUUAUCCCAGCUCUCCUGUGUACUAUCUUGAUAUUCAUGGACCAGCAGAUCACCGCUGUCAUCAUUAAUAGGAAGGAGCAUAAGCUCAAGAAAGGCUGUGGCUACCACCUGGACCUGCUGAUGGUGGCUGUCAUGCUGGGUGUUUGCUCCAUCAUGGGCCUGCCUUGGUUUGUGGCUGCAACCGUCCUGUCCAUCACACAUGUGAAUAGCCUCAAACUGGAGUCUGAGUGCUCUGCUCCGGGGGAACAGCCUAAGUUCUUAGGCAUCCGAGAGCAGAGAGUUACAGGCCUUAUGAUCUUUGUGCUGAUGGGCUGCUCAGUCUUCAUGACGACUGUCUUAAAGUUUAUCCCGAUGCCAGUGCUCUAUGGAGUUUUCCUCUACAUGGGAGUCUCUUCUCUACAAGGAAUCCAGUUCUUUGAUCGUCUGAAGCUCUUUGGGAUGCCUGCCAAACACCAACCGGAUUUCAUCUACCUGCGGCACGUGCCACUGCGCAAAGUGCACCUCUUCACCCUCAUCCAGCUCACCUGCCUUGUCCUGCUGUGGGUCAUCAAGGCUUCGCCCGCUGCCAUUGUUUUCCCGAUGAUGGUCCUGGCCUUGGUCUUCGUCAGGAAAGUCAUGGAUCUCUGCUUCUCUAAGCGUGAGCUGAGUUGGCUGGAUGACCUCAUGCCUGAAAGCAAAAAGAAGAAGCUGGAUGAUGCCAAGAAGAAGGCUAAGGAGGAGGAGGAGGCUGAGAAGAUGUUGGACAUAGGGGGUGAUAAGUUCCCCCUGGAGAGCAGAAAGUUGCUAAGUAGUCCUGGCAAAAAUAGCAGCUUCAGAUGUGACCCCUCUGAGAUUAAUAUAUCAGAUGAAAUGCCUAAAACCACAGUCUGGAAGGCUCUCAGUAUAAAUUCUGGAAACACGAAGGAAAAAAGCCUCUUCAACUGAGGGUCUGCUGAAGGUUUGGGCCAUGAGGAGCCUCAGACAAGCUCUGGCUUUCAAGAAAAUGGUGAGUCUCUCAGAGAAGAAGCCAGGCUCCGUCCUCGGUCAUAUCAAAGCCAUGCCACACGGAAGCAUUCAGUCACUCUCGGUGUGCGUUUUGGAGGACAUCCCGCUACCUUCAUGCCAGCAGCCAGGCACCACCAGCAGGGCCACCGUCAGGAUGACCUCCUGUUGCUUCCUCUCCUCUUCUUUCUCUUCACAACUGCCACCAUUAAAGAGCCAGCUUUCCAUUUUCCAGACACUUUCUCCAAUACUCUCUGCUGGCCUGGUAAGCCACAUGAAUACAUUCUGUCAUUGAGGGUUCCUUCAUGAGGCUCCUCUUCAUGGACGAUGGCUCGGGGUGGUAUCAGAGAAGCUGGAGAAGGGAAGCUCCUGGGUCCGUUGCUAGCCGCAGGCUCAUGAGUAGCCUGGGUCUGGGUUCCAUCUCUAUUUGGGAAGGGGUGCGGGUUAGAUCAGACACUGUAACAGGUCUACUACCCAAGGGCAGCAUCAACAGUGGCCGCACCAGAGCUGGCAAGAUGCCACUGCCUGGGGUCAUCCGUAUCACUCCCAGAAGCAGUCAACACAGUGUUUGGAGACACUUGGAAGAUUCAGGGCCAAGUGUGAGACAGGGAGUUUAGCUAAUUAAAGGCGACAGCAGGAGGAUGAACAUCUUUCCUUGGGUUUCCUUGAGACUGGAGAAAGAGGAGCCUGCUAUGGGAGGAGUUGGUUUAAUGACCAGGGAAGACUCCCUAGCUUGGGGAUUUGUUACCAGGUCUGUUUUGUCGCUGUCUGGGAAAGUUUGUAGCUAGGAAGGCAGAUCAAUGUUGACUGUUGGUGGGACUGUUUGACAUGCUGCUGCUGCCUCUUGAGGGAGGCUGUGUUGUUACUUCAUCCUGAGACGCAAGUGCUCAUGGACAUCUCCUUAGCUGCCUUGGUAGCGAACACCACCAUCAUCACUCAAUGGACCAAAACUGCCUUCAGCUAUUUGGCUUCCUCGUCACACAGAUGUAUUUUAGUUGACAGAAGUUCUGGCUCUCAGAUGUAAAAAGCCAUGCUAAGAAAUGAGCUGUAAAUGGUGAAGUCAGUGUGGACAACACUUAGUGUAAAAGUAUGUGUACGAUUUUCUCUUCUGUGUUCUAAAACUACCAUCAAGGGUUUGGGCCCCAGCGCUUACAAACCUCCCCUUCCUCUGUGCACCGUGUGACCAGCAAACUGAUCAUCUGGUUUUCCACCUGUAUCUUUCUACACAAGACCCCCCCCAUACACACAGUGUGUGUGCUUUCCCUGGGUGAAGAAGCACUGAGCCAUUUUAUUGCAGUUUGUACCCUGAGACUCUGAACAUACACUAAGGCAUCUGGUCGUUGACUGAAGACCUUUGGUGUUGAGGGGAACCCUGUGUCACCACCACUUCCCUUCCAGUGGGGACCAGUCACUUUGAGGGGACCCCUGUGUGUGUCACCACCACUUCCCUUCCGGUGGGGACCAGUCACUUUGAUACAGGAAUGAUUUUCAAGACAUGUAACACUUGGUACAUGAUGACGUAAGCCACGCAGAGCAGAUACGCUUUGUGCAUCAGUGGUAGGCAUUGCUCUUCAGUGCCUGGUAGAUGACUACCACUCUGCUCUCAUCCUACAGUGGUAUCCUCGGAGAUAGGGUUGUGGCUCCUGGUUUGUCUGAUCUCUAUACACUUUUGAGAGAGCUUUGUUCUGUCUCAGCAACAGCCCUGUCUUGCUCUGGGUACCACAUACUGGAACAGGUUCACAGAAAUCAGUGGGCAUUAAAGUCUCUGAGAGCCAAAUUCCCAGAGUGUAUGUAUCAUCACUUCGGGACAGAUCUAAUCACUGUGUCUGUUUCAGAAGCAGCCUGUUGGUGGGAAAACUUUCUUAAUAGCUUUCCAGACCCCUCCAGCUACCUCUUUCAACUUGUGUCUUUUUCAUUGCUUUCCUAACCUGGGAACACCCUUUUCCUUGCCCCAUCUUUUUCCUCCUGAGUUUUCAUGCAACCCUUUGUGUAGGGAAAUUGGUGACGACUUCACCCACUGCUCCGGCCUCAGUACACCUGAGAGGCAUGUGACAGUGAGGAGCCCAUCAUGCAGGGAAGCCAGUGACAGUGUCACUGAGGAAAAGGCCUCUUCCCAAGCCAUGAUGCUUUAGUCUCUCUGUAUGUGUGCAGCUGCUGGAGGGUGGGGGCUGCCUUUGCUAGCUCUGAGCAAGGCAGCUAUGGGACCUCUGGGUUUUUUUCUCAUGCCGACAUUUCCUGGGACCAGAGAAGUGGUCACCUCUCCUUUAAGGGUAGCUUGUAGAUACAUCCUGAGUGGUGCCAGUCACUGUCCUGACAUCCUGGUGAUGUGAACAACAUAGAUGGGGGGGCAAGAUUCAAGAACGUGUUGGUAGUGAAGCCUUGGCUCUAAGGGAAAGGACGUAGGGUUCAUAAGUGGCCGGGUUGCUUCCUGAUGAAUAUCAGGAAGGGUUGCUCUAGGGAGAAGGUGAAGACCUAAAGAGAUAUACUGUGCAGUUGCCAAAUGUUUGGUUAUGUAGCACACAUGCAACUUGGGAAGGGUAAGAAGGCUCCGGACUUAACUACAUACAGCCUCAUCCCAGGGCUCCUUAAUUCAUGAAAACUUGCCUUCAUGGAAGAGGGAACGUGAGCCAUGUCUUCCCAUAAGACAGUGUGAAUAAUCAUAAUUUCUCUUUGUUGGUGACAGAACAGACUUUUAAAUUGCUUAUAAGUGCUGGAUAAAAAUCUGGCAUUGACUAAGUCCCCGCCCUGCCCAAAGGCUGGGGCAGUGGUGGCUGCCAUCUCCCCAUCUCCCCUCAGGACAGUCUGGCUUGUGAUCAUCCUGAAGGGACAGCUCCUGAUUCUACUUUAUCCUCUGCCCGCUCAGCUGCUCAGCUCUCUAGACGCCAUCUUAGCCAGGGAAGCAGGGACUGUGUCCUGUCUAGCGAUCCAGGGUUCCUACCCUGAAGCUCAGGACUGGCUAGGGUCUCAGGCCCCUGGGUUUUCUUUAGUUUUUAAUGAGCAUCAGAGACACCAUUUCACAUGUGUCUGCCUGCGACUUCACCAGUGUCUCUGAAAGUCUUCUGCAAGAGUGACAGCACCUCCUCCUAGGACUUGUAAUUUAAUUUUUAUUUUUUUCCAAGACAGGGUUGUAGCUUUGGAGCCUGUUCUGGAACUAGUUCUUGUAGAACAGGCUGGUCUCGAACUCACAGAGAUCUGCUAGCCUUUGCCUCCUGAGUGCUGGAAUUAAAAAACCACCAUCCGGUUUAGUACUUUUAAUUUAACUGUGUCUGUAUGGGUGUUUGCCUACAUGUAUGUCUUUGUACCAUGUGCCUGAAGAGAGCAGAGGAGGACAUCAGAUCUGGAAUCAGGUUACAGAUAGUUGUGAACUUCCAUGUGGGUUCUCCUAACUGCUAACCCAUUUCCUCAGCCUCCAGGGGACUUAAACUGUGGGGUAGGGCCAGUUUGUCCCUCACCUCUCUCAUACUCUUCGAUUUCCAAGCCCCAUUCUCGUUGGACAUUCACAGACCCUACACUGGAUGGCCUCCGCCAUCUUGACUUUCUUUGGGUGGAAACCCUUUAGGCAGCCCUGGCUGGCAGGUGAGCACUCACCCAGGCUCCUGCCUGUUGUGCCUCAGCUUUGCCAGAACCUCUUCCUUCUGUCCUUCAGUUCUUCCCGCCAUUGCUCAAGUUCCCUCCCGAUGUGAUGGCGCCACCAGUUGAGGUGAGAGCCUCGAGUUGAACUGCUGCUGACGCCUCUUGGCAAAGGGUCAUGUUCCAACAGGACAUGUUGAGGAGAGACUAAGUAAUCUUAAGCUCCCAUGUUCGUUUGUAUUGAUCUACAUUCACUGUAAGCAGAAAAACACAUUUGCCAGGCAUUGGUGGUGCACACGCCUUUAAUCCCAGCACUUGGGAGGCAGAGGCAGGCAUAUCUCUGUGAGUUCGAUGCCAGCCUGGUCUACAGAGCAAGUGCCAGGAUAGGCUCCAAAGCUACACACACACAGAGAAACCCUGUCUUGAAAAACAAAACAAAACAAAAAUCACAUUCAAAAUUCAAAUUGAAGCAGAUUUUCUGCUAUGACUAUUUUUAAGUGAUCUUGGUGCCCCCCUCCAACACUCUUGCUCUGGGAGACAGGGUCUCACUCUGUAGACCAAGCUCGUCUUGAGCUGGCAGCUGUUUUCUUGCCUCCCAAGUGCUGGGGUUCCAAGCAUGUGCCACCAUCCCUGGCUUGCCCUUGAUCUCUCUGAACAUUAGUUAUAGGGAGCGGAUGGCUGUCUAGUUACAGUUUUUUCUUCAGUUACCCUUUUUGUGGCCAGAAAGGAGGAUAAUUUUCAUAAGCAGCGGAGGUAAGAAGUGACUAUCGCUGUUGGGAGUGUGCGAGAGGAAAGAAGUCUCUUUAGUAGCCUUCAGGAAUGAGUCAUCCAUGGCAUAAAGCUUUGAAGAGAUUGUGUGUGCAAUAGGGACAGAAUGGCUUUGGGUCCUGAAGAGAAGAGGAAUGGCGCCUUCCCCUAACCCACUUGCAGCACUGGUGAGUACACAGCUCUCUCCCUUUUGAAGCCCAGGAGCCAUCCACUGGCUUGGGCAUUGCUUAUCAGGCUUCAGGGCGACUUCUCCAGCAGGCUUUUACUUGUGGAAUAGUGUCGGCACCAGAAGCACCAACCUGAAUGUGCAAUUACUCCUUUUGUGAGAGAAGCCAAAAUCCUUCCUGUCCCUCUCCGCCUCUGUGAGAUGCUAAGCCGUUCUCUCGUCUCGUUUCUGUCACUGGUUAGAAGUGGCUGAUGGUAUCCGCUGGAGAGCAGGGCAACCUUCCCACGGAAGGGGGCAACUUGAGGUGCUGGUACAUUCCCUCAUUUGCUACAUUCUUCUCUCGAGUAGGUCUCAUGUAGAGACAGAUAUUUUUGUUUUAAAGAUUCUAAAGUCUAUAUUUUUAGUGUAGUAAGUGUACCCCCCUCCACACUCCAUGGCGUAAAAAGAACUGGGAAUAAAAUGUGUCAUUGUGAUUAUCCCAUAGCAAUGUGUGCUAGAAACAAGACCCCCCCCCCUUCUGGUUUGUCUGUGACAAGGGCAGGUAACUGUGACAAUGUGUCUCUUAGCCCUCUGCCUGCCCACAGUGUGUGCUCACCUCUUUGGGUGACAAAUAAAAUCUAUAUAAGCUGUUUA